GGCGGCAGCUGCGAGACGAGUUCCGGGAGCUGCUCCUGAACAUCCGCGCUCCGGUAUGUCGGUGCUGGAGACAAACGCGUGAAGGCGGCGGGGUGAAAGGGUUCCCACUGCCCAGUGCUGAAUGGGGCCUGCAAAGGAGUUAAUCACAGAAUCAUCAGGGUUGAAAGGGAUCUCUGAAGAUCAGAUCAGCCAGUCCAACCACCCUGCCAAGGCAGGGUCACCUGGAGCAGGUGACACAGGAACGCAUCCAGGUGGGGUUGGAAUGUCUCCAGAGAGGGAAAUUCUACAACCUCCCUGCACGGCUGUUCCAGUGCUCUGCCACCCUCAGUGUAAAGAAGUUCUUCCUCAAGUUGAGGUGGAGUUUCUUGUGUUUUAGUUUAUGAAUAUUGCUCUUCCGUUUCAGCUCCAGUAUCCCAGCCAAGGUGAAAUGAUCCCUGUUGCCCUAUGCUGACCUGGGCCAGCAAAAGGGUUACUAUCCAGCCUCAGAUUCUGCCUUAACUUGCUGGGCAGAGCUUUGGGGAUUCUGUAAAAAAAAAAAAAAAGUGAGGCAGUCUUUCUGUGGGAAGUCAGGGAAGAGGCUCUCUGACACAAUCAUGGAGCAGAGAAAGCUCAACACGAGGCAGCUUAAUUUCCAGUUUCCUCAGUGCAGGAGAGACAUGGAGCUCCUGGAGAGGGUCCAGCAGAGGGAAAUGAGAAUAACUAGGGGACUGGAACAUCUUUCUUACAAGGAAAGCCUGAGCAAUCUGGACCUGUUCAGUCUGGAGCAGAGGGCUGCCGGCUGCCCUCCCUGCCCUGCCUCUGGAACUCACUGUCCUCUACAACUCCCUGCUUUUCACUGUGGGAGCAUCUGACUCUGUCAUCAAAGGAGAAGCAGAAGGAAUACGCCAGGGGCUCCUCAGGGCGUGCUGGCUUCAAAGAAAACUCACUGAAACAGGCUGCAGCUCAGAGGUGGAUCUGCAGUGUUGUCACAUGCUUACCUGAGGGCACAUGACUUCAAGGGGGCACAGCAGAGCUGGAGUCUAGCUCUGAGCUGUGCUGUGUGUUGUCUCCCGAGUGUGCUGCUGUCAGCUCCUCUCUCUUAGAGCUUGUUUUCCAUUCUGCUGAGGCCAGGCCAGCCCCGCAACCCCAUUCCUUCCAUCGCUACGAGGAGCCUGUGCUUGUUUGAGGCUUUCUCUGCCUCUUGCAUCCAGGGUGUCUGUUACGGGCACCAACACAUUGUCUCACAGCUCUAGAUCUUUUUGCUUGUGGGUUUUUUUUUUCAGUUCUGGAGGCUUGUGGGGCUUGCGGAGAGGAUCUUGGCAUGGAAGAGCUGUGGGAAAAGGUGCUGCAGGAGGUAACCAUGGAGAAGCUGCAGGCACCUCUGCACCGCCUUGGGGCCCUGCAGGCAGCCUGGUGGCUGGCAGCCAGGCGGCUGGGAAGUGUUGCUGGUCUCUUCCAGCUCCUGAGCACUGCUGAGGACCCAGGAAGAGCUCACUGCAGUGAGGGACAGAACGAAAUCCUCUCCAUGAUCAAGGCAUGGCAGGUCCCUCCUGAGGAGGCCUCCCUGCCCCUUGUACAAAGUGCCAAGGACUUGAAGGAAAUCCUCUGCACUGCAGCAGCCUUCCUGCAAGGGCUGCAGGAGCUGGAGGCUGGGAACUUCCCUGCCGCCCUUUCCCUCCUUCAGGAAGCUGCAGGAGGAUUCUGCUCCAAGAAUAUCCUGGCCCAGAUCUACACCUGUCUUGGCUGCUGCGCUCAGCAAAUGGGCAAGCCUCAGACAGCCCUUCAGCACUUGAAACGGGCCCUCCAGGUAGAUUUCCAGUGCCUUCCUGCCCUGUCCCACGUGGCAGCAGUGUACCGUGAACUGGGAGAGACCGAUGUGGAGCUGCAGGCCCUGACCCUACUCUAUGAGGCUCUGAGAAAAAACCCUCCAGCAGCAGCUGCUUCCUCUAGUCCCUAUUUGCUCAUGCGAACAGAGCUGCUUGUCUACACACCAGUGCUCACUUCCCUCCUUCGCCAUCGCCACCCCUCUGAAGUGAAGUACCUUCUGGCACAGCGGUGUCUCCAGGAUGGGAGGGUGGCUGAUGCAGUGGAACAUUACCUGGAUUUUCUGUCGCUCCUUCAGGAGCAGCAGGUGCCCCUGGAUGGUAGCUCAGCUCUGCCCAGGAUCCCAGAGGUGUUCCUGGAAGCAGCAUCUGCCUUGGAGCAGGCUGGGAGGCACCAGGAUGCCAUAACUGUGUGUAAGGAGGUCAUCAGCCGGACAACUGACCUCAUUCCACAGGUGCUAAGAGUGGAGGAGAGGCUGGAACAGACAGAGUCCUCAUUGCCAGUGGCAGAACUGGCGGGUGGACUCCUGUCCCAGAAGAAGGAGAGCCUGUGCUGCCUUGCCUGGAGAGCAGCUGGAUACCUGCAGCAGGGCUGGGCUUGGGCCAAGCUGGGCGAGAGCAAGGAAGCUGUAACACAGUUCACCAGGUGCCUCAGUGAUCUCCUGCGUGUCCAGCUUCAUGGGUCUGGUGUCAAACGGACAGAGAAUCUCCAGCCAGAAGUGGAGGUACUCCAGAAGAUCAGGUUGCUCUCUCUCAUUGGGCGAGGUACACAGUUCCUGGAGCUGGGGAGGAACAAAGAAGCUCUGUUGGAUUUCCAGCACAGUUUGCAGAUCUCACCAGGUGAUCCAGCUGCUGCCUCCUACUUGGUGCAAGCCUUGUGGAAGCUGAACCGAAAGCAGGAGGCGGCUGCCCAGUGGCAGAAGUUCUCCCAGAGCUCCCCUGGAGAGAAUGGGCAGCAGCCAGGGCAGGGAAGGCCCCUCCCUUUGUACCUGGCUUCAUGUCUGGAGCAGGUGGUGUUCCCUCACAGUGAACCUCUUGCCAGAAGCAUACAGGAUUUCCUCGGGGCAGCAGCCCAGGACACCCCAAGCUGACCUGGUCAUGCCUGGCAUGCCCACCUUCUGAGGUCUCCCUGCACUUGCCUGGCACAAGGCCUUCAAGAACUCCUUGAAGACUCAGAAUUACUCUGUGAAGAAGCUAGAUUCCCAAGGGACUGAAACAGAAUAGAUCUCCUUUUCUAAUAAAAAAACCCAGUUCUGUUUA